CUCAGCCAGCGUGAGGUGGACUUUGUUCUCCUUCAGCUUUGUGAAUGAUUUCUCUCUCCCAUUCCCCAGGGGAACCGGUGAAGACAUCCAUUCAGGAAUCGGGAGCUUUUUUGCCUCAGCGCAUACCUGAAGAGAGAUACAGGAUGCAGAGCAAGCCCCUAGGAGUCUGCCUGAUAAUCGAUUGCAUUGGCAAUGAUGCAGAGAUUCUUCGAGACACCUUCACUUCCUUGGGCUACGAAGUCCAGCAUUUCUUGUAUCUCAGUGUGGGUGAUAUAGUCCAGAUUCUUCACCAGGUUGCCUGUAUGCCCCAACACCGAGACUACGACAGCUUUGUGUGUGUCCUUGUGAGCCGAGGAAGCUCCCAGACUGUGUUCGGUGUGGAUCAGACGCACUCAGGGUUCCCCUUGCAUCAUAUCAGGAGGAUGUUCAUGGGAGAUUUAUGCCCUUUUCUAGUAGGGAAGCCAAAGCUCUUUUUCAUUCAGAACUACGUGGUGUCAGAGCGCCAGUCGGAGGACAGCAGCCUACUGGAGGUGGAUGGACCAGCAGCAAGCAAUGUGGAAACUGCGGCACAGAAGCCUGGGCCCAGCAUGGUUCACCCUGAAGCUGACUUCUUCUGGAGCCUGUGUACAGCGGACGUGUCCCUGCUGGAGCGAUCCUCCAACUCCCCAUCCAUGUACCUGCAGUGCCUCUCCCAGAAACUGAGGCAAGAAAGAAAACGCCCACUCCUGGAUCUCCACAUUGAACUCAAUGACAAUGUGUAUGAUUGGAAUAGCAGAGUUUCUGCUAAGGAGAAGUACUAUGUCUGGCUGCAACACACACUGAGAAAGAAGCUCAUCUUCUCUUACAAAUGAAAAAUCAAAAGUCUUUCUCAGUCUUGCAAUCUUGGGGUUGGGGGGAGAGAGGAGAGAGAGAGAGACAGAGAGAGAGAGAGAGGA